AUGCCGCCUGCAUCACGCGCAGCGCGCCACAAGAAGGAGCCCGCUGCAAUCGACCUCUCCUUCCUCUCAUCCGACGAGGAGUUCGCCGCUUUCAGGACAGACUCGCCCAAGAAGGCCAGCCACUCCAAUCGGAAAUCUCGAGCGCAAAGCUCCACUACGCGCACAAAGUCGGACGCACGCACAACCUCGUCUCGUGGCCAAGCAGCUCGCAACACCAAUGGUUCCAGCAGCCGCAGUGCGCCGCGUCGCAGGCCCAGCCCUGUCCAAUUGGAUGACGACGACGACGACGACGACGACAAUGACGACGACGACCAACAUGACGACAGCGACGAGCAGGCCAGCUCCGACGAACCACAGAAGUCCACCCGUUCGCGCGCCGCACCUCCCCCUCCUUCUGCUCGCGCAACUCGAUCGAGCCGCCCUCUUUUAGCAAAUUACUCGGACGAGGACUCCGAGUACGGAGACUACGGUCGCCGUCCCAGGAGAACUGCUCCUGCUCCUGCGAGGAAGAAGACCCGCGCGCUGGAUGACUUUGUCGUCGACGACUCCGAAGACGAUCAUCCUCCGCAGCACAAGAAGAAGCGCUCCACAAGGUCUGCCGCACCGUCCAGACCCACACGCAGAGUCUCCACCAGACAACAAAAGGCCGCCGCCACCGAGUCCGACGACCAAGAGCAAGACGAGGAUGACGACGUCGAGGAAGAAGAAGAAGAAGAACAAGAAGAAGAAGAAGACGUCGACGACGACGACGAAGAUGAGGAGGACGACGACAUGACUUUCGGGUCCAGUGCACGUCCGCGUAGAAAUCGUCUCACCCGUGCCAAACCUCCCGCCAAUCGCACAACCGCCCGUCAUCGCAAAGUGAAGAGGGACGACGAAGACAAUUGGAUGGAUAUCCACGACGACGGCACCAGCGCCGACGAAGACCAGCACACGUCCGCCGACGACGACGACGAGUCAGAGAAUGACGAGCUUGUCGACUCGGACGAAGCCGAAUUCAUCCGCCGCGCUAAGAGGAAGCGUUCCGCACCGUCCAGAUCUAUCCAAGCCUCCAAACGUCCACGCAAUGCACGUCGCUCCUCGGCCACGUCCAAAGGGCGCACAAACGCCCGCAGGGUCCCUCGCAGGAAACCUUCCAGCCGUCCACCGCGUCCGCUCAGGUUGCGCUUCGCACUCCAGCAGGACCUGCCCGAACCUUCAAUCGAUGAGCUCGACAACCCUACCCCGCCCGUCGUCGACAUCGACGCCGAACCCGCGCUGCUCGAAGAUCACACCUUUCUCGAUGGCGUACCCGCAAUCUGCAGCUCGUCCGAGCACGAGUCCGACCAGCAAGAAGAGCUCGAGUCCGCGAGCGAGCAGGGUUACAGCUCGACCGCCUCUGCCGAAGAGACCGAGCUCAUGGCCGCAGACCAGCCAUGCAUCGACCGACACUGGCCCGGCUGCAAGCGCUGCAAAGACGGCCCCGCUCUGCCGCUCUAUAACAAAGCGAUGACCACGCUCAAGAGACAGCAAACGCGCGAGGAGAACAAGCGCCCCAACAAGUCGCCCGACCGCAUCGACUCGCGCGGGCGCCAGCGCAAGGCGCUCGUCGACGAAGCCUGGGGCGCCCUCACGCCAGUUCAGCAGACUCAAGAAUGGAUCGAGGUGCUCGAGGACCGUGGAGGCUGGUUCGAGUGCAGCACCUGCUCCGUCUCGUGGCACUGGGGCUGCCUUCCGCAGGAUUCCCAGAAAUCCAUCCUGCACACCAUCAACACCGAGGCCACUCGCCGUCAUCGCUCCAUCUUUGGCCAGUCCGCUCCGCCGCCCGACCCCGUCCGCCGCAUCGACGUCGACGAGUUCGUCAACACUGCUUCGUGCCCCGACUGCGCCGGCUACGCCGCCUACUGCAUCCACUGCAAGGCCGACGUCAACGGCGACCGCACCACCGAGGAGCAGCUCGGCAUCACACAGGCCAUGCUCGACGCCUAUCCAAAACCGCCCACCAUCCUCACAGCCACCAGGCUCUUCCGCUGCAGGCGCUGCUCUCGUCCCAGCCACUACGAGUGCAUCGCACGCGCCUCGGACCACGACGACCCCUCGGCCGAACAUGCCGCCAAGUCGACACAAGACGGCGGCUGGCUCUGCGCCGACUGCCACCGCUGGCCAGCCGUGGAAAAGAUCAUUGCAUGGCGUCCGCUCGACCGCAGCCAGUGGAACGACGACUCCAACCGCGCCUAUGCAACCGAAUGGGUGCCCCACGACUGGCUGCGCAUCCUCCACCAAAUGGCGCUCAUGCAAUUCCUCGCAAAGGGCAGCCGCCUCGAGCUCGAGCCCGCCGAGCUCGUCGAGUCCGACCAGGCGCUCGCAAACGCGCGCAAGAGCAGGGCCUCGCUCGCCCUGGGUGGUGGCGGUGCUGGUCGCGCGCCCGUCGAAGGUCGCGCAGUGACGCGCUCGGUCAAGAAGACGCUCAAGAUCGAUGAUAAGGGCGAUGUCGACGUCGGGCCGCCGUCUCCCAUGCACGAUGCGCAGCGACGCAUCCCCAAGGCGUGGAAGACACCUGACCGCAUCCUCGCCGUCAAGUUCUACUCAUCGAUCAAGAACGAGGAUGGCGACGACGAGCGGAGUGGAGACAUGGUCGAUUCGGACUCCAUCCCUCGCCACAAGCUCGACCCCUCCGACCAUCUGCGCAGCUGGCAGCAUGUGGCAAAGCUGUACAUCAAAUGGCAGGACCAGCCCUACGAGGGCGCCACCUGGGAGGAUCCGCCCACGCGUCGCAAGCAGGCAGACGUCUUUUACGAAUGCCAGGAGGCCUACCGCGCCUUCCUUGUGGCGCAGCAGAUCGUCUUCCCCGCGCUCACGCAGGACGAAAAGCGAAGGAAGCGCGAGCGUCGCUUCGCCCGAUCUGGCACCGGCUUCCGAGCGCUCGACGACCAGCCGUCGUGCGUGCAGGGCGGCGACCUCAUCGACUUCCAGCUCGAGGGCGUCAACUGGCUGCGCUACGGCUGGUACCACCAGAAGCCCGGCAUCCUGGCCGACGAGAUGGGCCUCGGCAAGACCGUGCAGGUCAUCACCUUCCUUGCCUCGCUCUGGAAGGAGGGCAAGGCUGGGCCGUUCCUCGUGGUCGUGCCCAACUCGACGCUGCCCAACUGGAUGCGCGAGUUCGAAAAGUGGAUGCCCCAGUUCCGCGUGGUGCCGUACUGGGGCGAGUCCGAGGCGCGCGACAUGAUCUCGCGCUACGAGUUCUUCCACUCGAAAAAGGCACUCGCCCAGAUGGACGAGGCGACGCGUGCAAUCAAGUUCCACGUGGUCGUCGCUGCCGACUCGACCGUGAGGCUCGACUCGCUGCCGCUCCGCAAGGUCGAGAGCUGGGACGUGAUCAUCGUCGACGAGGGCCAGAAUCUCAAGUCCGGCAAGUCGCUGCUGCUCAAGCGGCUCAACGAGCUGCACGCCGAGCACCGCGUCAUCAUGACGGGCACGCCGCUCAACAACAACACCACCGAACUCUUCAACCUGCUCAACUGGCUCGAGCCCGGCGGACAGUGGAAGGACGUCAAGGCGCUUGAGGCCGAGUACAGCGCGCUCAAGCCCGAGGUGAUCGAAGAGCUGCAGCAGCGCCUCAGGCCGUACUUCCUCCGUCGCCUCAAGAAGGAGGUGCUCGACCUGCCGCCCAAGAUCGAGCUCAUGGUGCCUACAUCGUUGCGCCCCAUCCAGAAGCGUAUCUACCGCUCGAUUCUCGAGUCGAACGUCGAAGACAUCCAGGCGCUCGCUGCCUCGCGCGGACCCGGCGGCAAGCGCAACAAGAAGAGCACGUUCACCAACCUCAGCAACACGCUCAUGCAGCUGCGCAAGUGCAUCCAGCACCCGUACCCCAUCGCGCCCGACCUCGAGACGCGCGAGGACGAGGCCAACUACGAGGCGACAUGGGAGCACCAGCGCCUCAUCGAUGCGAGCGGCAAGCUGUCGCUGCUCCAGCGGCUGCUGCCCAAGCUCAAGGCCGGCGGCCACCGCAUCCUGCUCUUCUCGCAAUUCGUCAUCAACCUCGACAUCGUCGAAGUCUUCCUGCGCGGCGAGGGGUACAAGUUCCUGCGGCUCGACGGCGACGUGGGCCAGAAGCAGCGCCAGAAGGGCAUCGACGCGUUCAACGCGCCAGACUCGCCCUACUUUGUCUACAUGAUCAGCACGCGCGCCGGCGGCGUGGGCAUCAACCUCGCCACGGCCGACACGGUGAUCAUCAUGGAUCCGGACUGGAAUCCGCACGUUGACAUGCAGGCGAUCGCGCGCGCCCACCGCAUCGGCCAGACCAAGAAGCUGCUCGUCUUCACGCUCAUGUGCAAGGCCACCGUCGAGGAGCGCAUCCUGCAGGGCGCCAAGCGCAAGAUGAUGCUCGACCACCUCAUCGUGCAGAACUUGAACAACGAGGAGGAGACGCCCAUGGAGCUCGAGUCGAUCCUCAAGUUUGGUGCGCAGGCGCCCUUUGCCGAGGGCGGCACCGAGGAGUCGGAGCGCGACGUGCGGUAUACGGACAAGGAUCUCGACUCGCUGCUCAUGCGCAGGGAGGAUGCCGAGGAAGAGCCGGCCGCAGAUGCAGCUGCGCAGGGCGACGGCGAGGACAAGGGCACCUUCUCGUACGCACGCGUUUGGGAGGCCGACGCGUCGGCAGCCACCACGACUGCCGUUGCACCGACCACCGUGGUCGACGACGACUUUUGGGCCGAUUUGCUGCAGAAGCACCGCGAUGAUGUCGCCAAGCGCGCGGCCGAGGCGCGCGAGAAGGAGCUGGCCGAGAAGCGCGCGUCGCGACGAGACCGCAUCCGAAGCAUGCUCGAGGCGGAAGCCGACAAGGAGGCGGAGCCUGCGCCUGCCAAGGGCAAGCGCGGGCGUCCGAAGAAGGUGCCCCAGCAAGUCGUGGACGAGGACUGGAGGGCGACAGCGGACGCCGGCAGCGACAGCGACGACUACGAGAUGAUCGAUGCGGUGCUCCAGGACGAGGAGGACCUGCCGGCGGUGCAGGCGCUGCGCAGGCGCCAGAUCAACUCGUCCAACGCCGCUGUCGCUGCGGCGGCGGCGGCGGUCGCCGUCUCGGCAGCGGCCACGGCAGUCACGGUUGCUACCGCCCAGUCUGCCGCCCAGUCUUCUGCGGCUGGCUCGUCAGCUGGCGCUACGUCUGCGCCAAGUGUGCUCGCUGCGGCCCCUGCGCCUCGACCUGCGCCUCGGCCUGCGCCUCGGCCUGCGCCUCGGCCUGCGCCAAGUGUGCUCGCUGCGGCCCCUGCGCCUCGACCUGCGCCUCGGCCUGCUCCCGCUGCUGCUCGGCCUCUGGCCAUCAAAGCGAGCACAUCCAAGAGCGCGGCGACUGCUACGACGCCCAAGAUCAAGAACGGGCCGCCGACGCUGGCGGGACUGCAGCGGGAGCUGAUUGCCGAGCACCGGCUGCCGUCCGCGUCGCCGCUGCACGAUCUGGACGCGUCGCAGCCCGUAUCGGCGAUCCGACCUGGCCACCUGGCGGCGAUGCGGCGCGUGCUGCUGAUGCUGCUGCCGGAGCACGACUUUGCACGCGACGUGGCGGAGCGCGCGGCGAGCGGACGGGCGCCGGACAUUCCGCCGCCCAGCAUGCGCUUCCAGCUCACCGAGACGCACGUGGACUACUACAUGCAGUCGUUCGGCGUGCCGCGCGCCGUGUUCGACGCGGCGUUCAGCAAGAUCCCCGAGGAGAGCAUCCCGCCCGAGAUUCUGGCGCUGCCGUACGGCGGUGCGAUUGCGCUCGACUGGCGCAAGAUCCGCGAGCUGCUGGUGCGCACCGCGACGUACAUGGUGGUGGCGCUGCGCACGCCCAAGAGCGAAGCGCCAUGGACAAGGGCGAUUAUGGAGUGGGAGAAGAAGCGCGCACAGGUGGCGCCGGCGGUGAUUGAGAUCGCCGACUCGCCCCCGCCCGACAGCGAGGUGCCGGCGCCGCAGACGAUCACGGCCGCGGCGGGGGUGCUGGUGCAUGAGGCGAAGCGCCGGGCGUGGUUGGAGGCGGUGAGGGCGCGCGGGGACGAGGAGCUGACCAAGACGGCACGGUUGGCGGUGGAGAAUCCGACGUCGAGAUCGGCGCCUUCGGUGGUGCUUUUUGUGCAGGGCUUCAUGGAGGGCCGUAUGGAGCGCACUCCAUACCUGCAGGCGAAGCUGUCGAUUCGAAACAGCCUCGAAGACGCGCGGCAGUUUGUCGAUCCGGACACGGUACCUGUGGCGGCGAGUCCGGUGGCGUCGCCGGCGAAGCCUACGAACCGGGUGAGUGCGGCGCUUUCGCGGCUGGCGGCGUUUUCGGGCGGCAGUCCGCGCACGCUCGACGUGUCGCGUCGCGACCUAGGCCGGCUGAGCAUGGAUGUUGUCGUGAGCUCGCGCAAGCCACGCAUCAAGUCGAGCCGCAGCAGUGCCGGUACCCCCCGCCUGUCGGUGGCGCCCUCGGUCGAUGGCAGCGUCGCCGAAAGCGUGGCUGAGAGCGACGAGGCGCCGAGCGAACAGACGUGCAUCAUUUGCGGCGGCGAGUUCCACUUCCUCAACAGGUGCCCUGCUAUGCAGGAUACAAAUAGGGCAUCGGCAAGGUGGUUCCAGCUGUGCGACCAGCUCAGGGUGCUGCUGGAGAGGGGGAGGGGCCAGGCGGACGCGGAUGUGGCGACGAUCAAGACGACCAUUAGGGUCAUGGCCAUCAAGCUUAAUGGGCCCAGGGCGCUGGCGGGCCAGGCUGUGCUGGUGCCCCCCUUCGAAUAG